AAAAUGAUCUACUAAAAAAUUAGGCACUUUUGAGUUUGUUGUAGUUAAUUUUGUUCGCCACAAACAAGCCAUUUGAUUCCACCCGAAUCUCAAUCUCCUAGUUUAUUUAUUUUUUUCCUUCCUUUAAAAAUAAAAGGCAAAUUCUUCUACUUCGCAAAAUCAAUAAUCCACAAACUUGGCCAAAAAUUCCAGUCUCCCAUCUCUGAAAGCUACCUCCCCUUGAAGUCCCAAUGAAGAAUGGCCAGAUAAUCCACCCCCAUCCCUCUCUUCCUCUCUUUUCAUCCUUUCCCCUGCCUCCUCUGUUCCUCUCCAAGCAACAAAAAGAUCAGAUUUUCAACUCUUCUCCGCUUCCAAGAUCGGAUUUUUAACUAAAUUUCCUGAUCUUUCACGGAUGGCGAGCAAGGGAGGGCCGUCUUCUCCGGCGCCGGCACAGCCACCGGCGGUCUGCUGCAUGUGCGGUGAUCAGGGGUUGACCCAGGAGCUUUUCCGGUGCAAGCUCUGCCUCGUGAGGUCGCAGCACAGAUACUGUAGUAAUCUGUACCCUAAAGUCGAAUUUUACCGACUUUGCAAUUGGUGUUUGAGAGAAGAAGAAUCAAAUUCUUCGACCAAAGAAAUUAACAAAGGAUAUUCUGGCAUUAAAAAUAAUGCCAUCCCUUUCUCCUCCAACAACAACAACAUCCAUGUUGAUAAUGUCAAUUUAGAUGUUAACAAUAACAACACAAGCACUACUACUAAUACUAGCAGUCCUAGCUCGGGUUUUAAGCUUCAUCGAGUUCCUUUCACAUCGCAACUCGAUAAUCCAGUCAAGAAACCAAGGAUGUUGGAUAGGUCGGCCUCCGAUGUCACUGAUCACCGAGUCCGGUCGCCAAGAGAGAUCUCCCCUAAAUUGGGCAAGGCAAGACAAGUCUUCAAGGGCAAAGUAAGAAGGUAUAAGCUUUUAGAAGAGGUCUCUAGUUAAUGUAAAAAAAAAGAGAGAGUCUGUGUAGACUCAUUAUAGUAUUAUAUAUGUAUGUUGCAAUGCUCUAAGAUUUAUAAUUUUAUUUCAUCAACAUUAAUUAUAUGUAAUGAAUAUGUUAUAGGAUUUCUUGAUAGUAUAUCUAAACUUCAAAGCA